GGCAUGACUCGGGGAGGGGAUCCCUGCCGCCUCCCCCUCCGUCGCCGACGGCUCCUGGCUGCUCCGUGGCGCAGAGCGGCUCCCGCCCGAGGCUCGUCUUCUCAGAGGAGGCGGAGGCGGAGGAGAAGUGCGGCGGCCGCGCUGGCUGGGCUGACGGCUCCCGCGGAGAUGUGGCAAGAAGUCCACGCAGCGGCUCCUCACGUGGGAAUCUCGUGGCUCCUGAAAUGUGGACGCUGCCAGUGGGGGAGAAAAGUGGCCACGCGUGGGUCCCGUCAGGCUUGGGCAGGCAUUUUAUCCUUGACUCUCAGCGGGGCUGCUGGAAUAGGUGUCCAGAGAGGAGAGUUCACAAGAGGCAGCUCCGUUUGGGUUUCUAGUUGCCAGGGCUCUGGGAUAGGAUAUGCACAAGGUAGAAUGGAGUGGAGAUCAGAGAGGCCAAGGCACAGUUCAGACAGGUCUCUCUCUGCCUACAGGAGUUUGCCUACCCAACCAGUGCAACACAGGGAGCAGGGUUUGUGGCGAGCAAUCACCCUGCUGUCUUUGUUUGCGGGGGCCGUUACUGCAACUCCACAGACAUGGCAUCACAACCAGACACUGGGAGCAGCCUCCUAUGGAAAUGUGGGCACAGCUAGUCCAGCCUCAUUGGAAGAGAACAGCAAGGAAGCACCAUCUCUGGAUGCAUGGGGCCAUUGGCAUGGGGACAACAUGACAUUGCAAGGGGUGAGUUCCUCAGAACUGCUUAGGGCUGAGCGGUCCCCAUCAGAUUCCAGCAGAGGCAAGAAAGGUUCCAACAAAGAAAGGCAUAAGAAGCGCAACCGCCACUGCCGCCUGCACAGCCUCAGGCUCAAGGUGCGGGACCUGGGACUUGGCUUUGAAUCAGAGGAGCUUGUACUGUUCAGCUACUGCAAUGGGUCGUGUGCGUCAGCCCGCACAAACUAUGACCUGACCUUGCAAAACCUGCUACAGAUAAACGUUCUAACGCGUGACAAACAUCUCUCCUCCAAUCCCUGCUGCCGCCCUGUUCGGUAUGAAGUUGUGUCCUUCAUGGAUGUGCAGAAUUCUUGGCAUACUGUGGACAACCUCUCAGCAGCAGAAUGCAAGUGUGUGGGCUGAAGGAACUGCCCACCUGCUUGGAGCUCACAGAGUCACCUACUUGACAGGUGUUAGUGCCCAGGCUACAGCAGUGUCAAGAGCCUGUUCUGUCUGGGACACAGGAGGAGGAGGGUUGUGGGGCAUGGUGGGCCUUUGUUGCCAGGCAGAAACUGCAAGUGGUGAAUAAACAAGAGAGAAGUGUGGCUCAGACAUGUCUGGGGCUCCAGCUGCAUCCUUGUAGGACAUCUUGACAAGCCACCAGCAAGAAGGUGGUAGCUUUGUGAUACUCAGGCAAGCUCAGCCCCAUGAUGGCUGCAGCCCCACUCUGGGUGGAUCCUUCUGCUUUAGGGCUUGGUCAGUCAACAGGAUUUUGAAUUUGCUCAGACAGCAAAGAUGCAGUGUUGGAAUUUCCCAACCCUCGUUUGAGGGAUGUGGGUUAAAGACAGAGCCUGCUUAUGGUGCUAAUGAGCUCCUUCUCAGACAUGCUUCUGUAAUACUGGUCCUUCCCCAGGCAAGGAGGCUCUUUAAUAAGGUCAUCUGGCCCCAUCAGCUGCAAGUUCCACGUUCCCAUCAUCACUAGCACCCUCUUUAUUUCAGCUUACCAGCUCUUUUUGCCAGUUACUCCAGCACCAUCAGGAAUCAGAUACCACUGGAGGACAGUUUUUCAACCCUCUGUAGAAGCUUCAGAGUCAACUUAUAAUUCUGACUCUCUGUUCCAUUAAGGUUACCACCCUCUGGCAUUCCUGAGCUAACAUAGCCAGCUGCUUACCAAGGACAGGUUUUGGUACUUCCCUGGUUUGGAAUGGUCUUCCUCUGGCCUGACUGGAACAUUUGGUGUGAUGAGAAGAACAGGUUUUCAACAGGUGGAAGCUGAGGUCUAAAUUAUGUGAAGCUGGCCACAUCUUUCCAAGAAGACAGAACAUCGGCAGCUAACUAAGGGGCUUGCCCUGUAAAGCCAAUGACAGUGAUACUGUCCUGUUUUAAAACAUUCCCUCACACACCCACCACUGCCAGCAGCUUGGAGUUUGGCCACAGGGUCAUGCCAUACCCUGGUUCAGCUUUCACCUGGUGACAGUAGGGUAAGGCCUUCUGUAGAGCAGUCCCUUCCUGCCCUGGAAGUGGACCCUUUCUGAAUAAGGUUAUUUAUUCUCUAAGUUAUUUAUUUAUUUGUUUGCACCCCUCUUCACCCCCAGUGGCACGUAUUUAUAGUGCUGAGGAGAAGUCUGGCAUACUGUUUCAAGCCAGUGCUGAAGUUAUGCCCUGGGCCUGUGACCAGCAAUUCCAAUUCUAUUUUCCCCACUUGGCCUGAGCAGAGGCAUUUCCCUCUUUCUCCUUUCCUGAUUUUAUAUUCCACACCCUUGAUUUGCAUUUGAAUAAACUAUUUUUGUACAAUAGCAACUUCCUGUAGCAAUAAAGCCUGAUAAGGCUGUGUGAAA